CAUCUUCAGGUUUCAUGUCACUUUCCACCCUUCAUGCGUAGCCGUGCUUUACACCGUGGUGGUCCUCACAUGUUGCCCUCACAUGUUGCCCUCACAUGUUGUCCUCAACAUAAACAUACUUCAUACACGGCUUUUCCGUCUCUACACAAGGGAUGUCCUUGAUCAAAUCCCAUUCCCCCAAUCUUCAACCAGCACCCCUCACUCGGCUUUCAACUGGCUUUGUUAGUACGAGAUUCAGCCUACGGGCUGGGAGGCUGACCUCCGAUCCUCCGUAAACGCAUAACCUCUCCCAACAUGUUCUCCUACCUCCGCUCCCAUAAACGCUCCGGCUCCACGCCUGUUUCUCCCGACUCCGCCGCUCCCCCCGACUCCUUCGCUGCACCGCUAUCUGGUCUGGGCAUCUCCGAAUCGCAACCUACCUCCGCGCACUCGCCGAUAUCGCCAUAUCCGCCCAUUCUCCCCCCCAUUCCUCGGGUCGCGUCGCAGCAUGGUCCGUCAUCCCUAUCGCAAGCCCCGAAUGCGUUUCGACCAACAUCCGGGAAUGAUCAGUCGUCGAACCGGAGAGGGGAUGCGGAGGAGAUGCUGCCCACAUUGCAGGAACGGCCGAUGGAGCCUCUAGAGAGGGUUGAAAGCGAACCGAAAGCGGAUCCUCGACCAACAAUGCAGAGAAGCCAAGAUGCUGCAAGGAGAUCGUAUACCCCAGGAACGACAGGCUUUCGAAAUCGUGGACAAUAUACGUUUGGACAAACACCGUCUUACCAGCCAAGGGACACGCAACAAGAAAGGGAUCGUGAAUUACCGCCAGUACCGUCAUCAAGCCUGUAUCUCUCUCCUACCACUUCUCGAGAUGCUGCGCCCCAAGAACGACCGUCUUCCUCCAAGCAACUUCCUCCUCUGCCACCACCGCCUCCACAGCCAAUCUCAGCGAAACAGGGGAGGACAAAACUUAACUUGCGAAACCCCAUGUCGUUGCUCUUGCGGCGACGUUCAGGAGCGGUCCUGGAAUUGGCCGACGACUCCCUUGUGAGCCGUCGGAAUCGGACGGUACCGGAUUUACCAGACGACUAUGAUCCUCGAAUUAUUGGCAAAGGUGUGCAUGACUUCAGCGUCCCAAGGCCCAAGCGGAACAUAUCGUCGAACAACGUCGGACACGUAGCACCAUCAUCCGAGGAAUCCAGGACAAACACAAGACGCGGAAGCGCUGAUGGACGCGCCGCCGACUUGCGGCCGGAUAUGGAGCACACGCCGGUUUUUCGAGAACAUUUCGACGAACAACCGAGCCUGGACAACUCACAAUCCGGGGUUCGAGCCGAAGCGCUUGCAAACCAGAACUUCAUUGCGAGAAAUUCGAUGCUGCCCCCACCCCCCGAGCGAGAGCCUCCGCCGGUACCUAGAAAGUCACCGUCUCCUACUCUAAUGCCGGAAUCGCGGCCAACGCACAGUCUCGUCGACCAAGAACAGGAAACCUGGGAGGUGGUGGAAUCGAUCCCGGGGUCAGCCCGCGAGAGUCGCAAAACCGCCUCCCACACCCUCUCCCAACGAACCACCGCCAGUUCCCGCACGAGCUCCAGCCUCCACCGCCUCCUUCCCCACAAAACCAGCAACGCCUCCCGCUUCAGCUUCCAGUUGGGCAGCGGCGACUCCGCGCUCCAAGAGCGGAUCCUGGAGGAACGACACAAGCAGAAAGCCGCCGCGCGUGCCACGAAGCACGAUUCGCGAGAGGACGCGGAGGACGACUACAAUGACAUGUACGAUAUGGACGAGUUCGAUGACUUCGAGGAGCAAAUCCCUGGAGUUAAUUGCGAUGAUGAGGAGGAUGAGAUGGCGGCGUAUAAUCGGAUCGCUAAUCAGUCGUCUAUCGACGUCUCCGCGGUGAUGCUGAAUGGGAACGCUUCGAGUGCCGUGGGGAGCGAGCAUCCCUUCAACGGACUUCCAACGCACGGUUCUAUGUAUGGGACGGCUGAAAACGUGCUGGGCGGCCGACCGCUGGCAGACGCGCCAGACCAACCUCAGUCGAAUACUACAUUCACCGCCCAGGGACUGGAAAUCAAUGGCUCCGACGGCGCCAUCCAAGUGACCAUGGACCCGAGCACGCAGAUCUCGAAUUUCCCAACGACCUCCCUGCAACCCUCGGGUAGCCAAAGCCGUCGAUUCAAGUCGGAUUUCGGCGACGAGAACCUGUAUUUUGACGACGGGGUGAUGGGGGAGGUUGGAGAGAGCGAGUUCGACGAGUCGAUCUUUGACGAUCCGGAUCACCCGUUGAAUCAAAGGUUCAAUAAGGGACGGGUGCCGCCGGUUGGAGAGAAGGAGUCCACUUUAGAUCCGGGUGGCUUUAUCGGCAGCGAGUCCCACAGCGGUGGGAUCAGACGGGCUGCACAAAAUGCAAAGCCACGGUUGAAAAUGAGCACCAACUUCGCGACGUUGUCAGACUACCACGGAGCAUUGGCUGAAGCUGCUAACCGUGCUGCGGACUCCGGCCGUUUCACUCGCAAGGCCAGUAUCGAUGUCCCCGUCCCUGAGAACGCAGCUGCCGGCCAGCACUCCGACGCUACCGACCUCAGCACCUCUCAGGCCUCGUCCUCCUUCGAGGCAGAUAGAGAUGAAGGCCAUUCUCCCGCUCGGUCCGACCCAUCCCUCUCCUCCCGUCCGAGCCUCAUCCCUUCUUCCGGCCACCUCAGCCUAUCCACGGCAGUCUCCCCACCAGCACCCCACACCGUCUCUUUCACGCCCUCAUCCAUGGGAUUCUUCUCGGACUCUGACGAUCCAUCCGACCCCUUCUCCGGAAAGCUCUUCAUCGACUACGACUCCGACCUCGAUCCGUCCCUCGCCUCCGAUCCCAUGAUCGCCGCUGCCAACGCCGAAGCCCUCGCCUACGACUCCGACGGCGAAUACGGCCGGGAAUUCGGCUUCUACGCCUCCUCCGCCCAGCUCGGCCCCGCCGCCGUCACCGAAGCCUCCAGCAUCGGCGGUGUCUUUGCUCCCCGCGGCAUCGACCCCGUCGCUCGCUCCCGUAGCGUCCGCGAACCGAACUUGACGCCCAUCACGGAGCGCAGCGAGCAGAGCACGCGGAACUCGUUCGCGAGUGUAGGGAGCUUCAUGAGCGGCGCGAACGCCGUGCUGGGCCCCGCGGCGGCGACGGCGGCGGUGGCGAGCCCUGGCCUCGCGCAGCUGGCGCAGAUUGGUUGGGAUGAGGAGGAAAUGAGCUUGAAUCAGCUGAUGCGGCUCCGGCGCGGCGCGUUUGGAGCUAGCGAGGUCAGUUUGGGGAGUGCGGGGUCGAGCCACGGCGGGGGAUCGCGGGGGGGCAGUCCGAUUGCGACGACGGGGGGCGGGUUUGGGACCCCACGGCCACCGAUGUCGUCCUCCUUCACCCACCGACCGCGCACGGCGAAUCCGAUCCCGACAGCCCAACCGCACCCGCAAACCUCUCCACCUCCCCACCCCAUCCCACCAGCUUCUCCCCCAGCAGCUCCAUCAGCAACGACUCCAUCCCCUCCCUCCCCACCCCCGCCCCCCUCUUCUCCUCCCCGCCCCUCAAACCCCUCCCCCAACCCCCGCCCUAUAGCCCCACGACCUACGCAUCCCCGACGUCGCCAUCGCAUGCGCACAGCGGUAGCGGCAGCGGAGCGGACACGGUGUCGUACGUGCGCGAGGCGGACGGAGGGAAGGGUGGGGAGUUUCAUUGGGUGGUGGAGCGGCGGCGGACAGCGGAGAGUGGGGAGAUGGAGGUAG